CGCGGAGUGAACACAGCGAGACGCAGCGCGCUACUGGUUUCUGGGGUCAUUUCUCAUUAACAACAACUGGAUAUAUAUCUAUAUAUACAUACAUAUCACCAUCUGCAACAAAGGAGGGACCCAUGAGCCAAGGGGGGCAUUAUUCUCUCUCAAAUACGGUGCAGCUCUGCCUGAGAUGGCCACGUCGCUGCGCUGCCACAGGACGCUCCUAUUGGCCGUGGCCUUCUGUUUCCUGCCUUGCAUCACUUCCUCCCUCAACCUGGAGGAUCCCAAUGUCUGCAGCCACUGGGAGAGUUAUUUGGUGACAGUGCAGGAGUCCUACGCUCAUCCCUUUGAUCAGAUUUAUUACACCAGCUGCACCGACAUCCUCAACUGGUUCAAGUGCACCAGACACAGGGUGAGCUAUCGGACAGCCUAUCGCAGAGGAGAGAAGACCAUGUACCGGAGAAAGUCCCAGUGCUGCCCAGGCUUCUACGAGAAUGGAGAGAUCUGUUCUGCUCAUUGUGCAGAGAGCUGUGUCCACGGCCGCUGCAUGGCCCCCAACACCUGCCAGUGUGAGCCGGGCUGGGGGGGCUCCAACUGCUCCAGUGCUUGUGACAGCAGCCACUGGGGUCCCCACUGCAGUAACAGGUGUCAGUGCCAGAACGGCGCUCUGUGUAACCCCAUCACCGGAGCCUGCAUCUGCACUCCAGGGUACCGAGGAUGGCGCUGCGAGGCCCAGUGUGAGGUGGGCACCUAUGGGAACGAAUGCCAGCAGAAAUGCCAGUGCCAGAAUGGAGCCGCCUGUCACCAUGUGACCGGAGAAUGCAAGUGCUCACCAGGAUACACUGGAGCUUUCUGUGAAGCCCUGUGUCCUCCAGGUAAACAUGGACAGCAGUGUGAGGAGAGAUGUCCGUGUCAGAACGGAGGAGUGUGUCACCAUGUGACUGGAGAGUGCUCCUGUCCUGCAGGAUGGAUGGGGACAGUGUGUGGACAGCCAUGUCCAGAGGGGAGAUUUGGACAGAACUGUUCCCAGGAAUGUCAGUGUCACAACAACGGCUUCUGUGUGCUGUCCACUGGACAGUGUCUCUGCAGCCCUGGGUACACGGGAGAACGGUGCCAGGACGAGUGUCCUGUGGGAACGUACGGCGCUGGCUGUGCCAAGACGUGUCGCUGUAAGAACAACGGCCAGUGCUACCACACCAACGGGAUGUGUCUGUGUGAGCCGGGCUACACGGGGGACAUAUGUGACGUCCGACUGUGUCCUGAAGGACGCUAUGGCCUCCGCUGUGACAGGAUGUGUCCCUGCUACGCCCAGAACACGCGCAGCUGCCACCCAAUGUCAGGGGAGUGCACUUGUCAGCCGGGUUGGUCCGGCCUCUACUGCAACGAGACGUGCACCCCGGGGUUUUACGGCGAGUCCUGCCAGCAGGUGUGCCAGUGCCAGAACGGUGCUGACUGCCACAGUGUGGGCGGAGAGUGUAUCUGCGCUCCAGGGUUCACGGGUCCGAACUGUUCAGUCCUCUGCCCAGCCGGGACGCACGGGGCACACUGCUCCUCCAGCUGCACCUGCAAGAACAGAGCACAGUGCUCACCUGUGGACGGAUCCUGCUCCUGUAAACCAGGGUGGCACGGGGUGGACUGCUCCAUCAACUGCCCCAGCGGGACCUGGGGGCUGGGCUGCAACCUCACCUGUCUGUGUGCGAACGGGGGGGCAUGCAACGCCCUGGACGGCCUCUGCACCUGUGCUCCGGGCUGGAGGGGAGAGCGCUGUGAACUCCACUGCCAGGACGGCACCUACGGGCUGGGCUGCAGAGAGCGCUGCGACUGCAGCCACGCUGAUGGAUGUCACCACGCCACUGGGCACUGCCGCUGUCUGGCCGGAUGGACGGGUAUCCACUGUGACAGUGUGUGUGCCGAGGGCCGCUGGGGCCCAAACUGCUCCCUCCCCUGUAACUGUAAGAACGGAGCGUCGUGCUCUCCGGAUGAGGGGACCUGCGAGUGUGCUCCGGGAUACCGAGGCCCCACCUGCCAGAGGAUCUGCUCUCCAGGUUACUUUGGUCACCGCUGCAGUCAGACCUGUCCCCAGUGCGUCCAUAGCAACGGGCCGUGUCACCACGUCACGGGACAGUGUGACUGCCUGCCGGGCUUCAAGGGGGCGCUGUGUAACGAGGUGUGUCCCAGCGGCCGCUUCGGGAAGGUCUGUGCGUGGAGCUGCAGCUGCACCAACAACGGCACCUGUAACCCCAUCGACGGCUCCUGCCAGUGUUACCCCGGAUGGAUCGGCAGCGACUGCUCCCAGCCAUGUCCGCCGGGUCAGUGGGGGCCCAACUGCAUCCACACGUGUAACUGUCACAACGGAGCUUACUGCAGCGCCUAUGAUGGAGAAUGCAAGUGCACCCCCGGAUGGACCGGCCUCUACUGCACACAGCGCUGUCCCUUAGGCUUCUAUGGGAAGGACUGUUCUCAGACCUGCCAGUGUAGGAAUGGAGCCGACUGUGAUCACAUCUCUGGACAGUGCACCUGCCGCACCGGAUUCAUGGGACGCCACUGUGAACAAAAGUGUCCACCUGGUUCCUAUGGUUACGGCUGCCGUCAGGUCUGUGACUGUCUAAAUAACUCCACGUGUGAUCACAUGACUGGUACAUGUUACUGCAGCCCGGGCUGGAAGGGAGCUCGCUGUGACCAAGCGGGUGUGGUGGUGGGCAGCCUCAACAGUUUGACCAGCGCAGCCAUGCACGUGGACACGUACCAGAUCGGAGCCAUCGCGGGGAUCAUCGUCCUGGUGCUGCUGGUGCUCUUCCUCCUGCUCCUCUUCAUCGUCUACAGGAAGAAACAGAAGGGCAAGGAGCCGAGCAUGCCCGCUGUGAGCUACACCCCGGCUCUGAGGGUCCCUGCUGACUACAGCAUCGCAGAUGCUCACGCUCCGGCAUGCGAGGCCCUCCCCAGCAACUACUUCUCCAACCCCAGCUACCAUACUCUGACCCAGUGCAUCGGGGCCCCGCAUCUUAACAAUGGCACAUAUGGAAAGGCCAAGAGCAGCCAGCUGUUUGUGAAUAUGAAGAAUGUAGAUCAGAGGAAGAGGGCGACUCUAGCGGAGCACACUGGCACGCUGCCGGCAGACUGGAAACAAGAAGACUGCUUCAAUGAACUGGGAGCCUACGGAGUAGACAGGAGAUACAUGGGGAGAUCGCUACGAGAUCUGAAGGGCACGCCGUAUCACUCCAGCUCCUGUUCCCUUGAAAGCUCUGAAAACCCUUACGCCACGAUAAAGGACCCUCCCCUGCUGACAGCCAAAAACAUAGAGUGUGGCUACGUGGAAAUGAAGUCCCCGGCCAGACGGGACUCACCUUACGCCGAGAUCAGCAACAGCAGCCCGACCAACAAGAGGAAUGUGUACGAAAGCCAAAUGGAUGAUGAGGCUCAUCCAGUGAUGGAGACGCAACGGCUGGUUGGUCAAGACGGUUAUCUGACACUCUACCAAGAACAGCCACAUGCCCCUGUCACUUAG